CUUUCCGUAGAGUGGACAUGUACAUAUUAGUUUGCGUGUUUUUAAAGGAUUUGAAAAGCAUAAUGUCGAACCUAGGUUACCUCCGAAUGCUAGGUUACGUGACCACACUAACUAUGCACAUAGGCAAUAUAGUGUACGUAGGAAUGAAUCUGAAAGAAGAUGAUCUAGAAGACAAAAGAGUAAGAAUUUUUGGUGAGACAAGAAGAAGAUAUCUCACCUGCUGGACUUUCUUCCUUCACAUGAUAUACGCCAUAAUUGGGUUAACCUGCGAGAUCCUGCUAAUAAAGAACAGUAAUAUAAGAAACUACAGCCUUCCCAAACACUUGAAAGGAUGUAGAGAUACCAUAUUUGCGGCUCUACUAUGGCCGGCUUCUCUGCUCGUGUUCACAGUAUUCUGGUCCCUAUUCCUAUACGACCGAAGCCUCAUUUUCCCUGACUUCAUCGACAAGGUGCUCACACCCACAUCCAAUCACAUCAUGCACACGUCGAUAAUACCAACGAUACUGUGGGAGAUAUUGCUUCAGCCGAGAUUCGAACCCAGGUCCCAUGUGAAGUAUAUUGCGCAACUGCUUGUUUAUAUGUUGGUGUAUUUGGGAGUCUUGAUCUAUACCUACAUGGAGCGAGGUAUAUGGUUAUACCCCAUAUUCAAGAAGUUAUACGGAACGAUAUAUUUCCCUCUCACUUUGUCGAUAGUUUUCGUCCUUUUAUUAAUAUUUUAUCGCAUUCAGUGGACAAUUUCCUACUUAAUCUAUGGUAAGGAGAAAACGAAAAAAGAAAAGGCGAAAAAAGUACGUUAAUUGGUCAAAAUUUGCGAAAUUUAUUUUAAAUAAUAACAUUUUCUUGAUCUUGACUUAAUUUAGCUUUUUUUUAAGAGAAGAUAUGAUUUUUUUAGAUCAUAUCUUCUUUUAUUUGAAGUCUGAUCUGAUGGCAGUCGCUUUCGUAAAAACUAGUGCCUAAGCCAAUUCUUGGGAUUAGUUGUCAAGCGGACCCCAGGCUCCCAUGAGUCGUGGCAAAAUGCCGGGAUAACGCGAGGAAGACG